UCAUUCACAAAAUUCACAAAUCUAGUUAAGUACAUUAAACAAGUUUUGGUUGCUUUCUACCACCAAGAUACAAAAUGAAAAAUAUCAUUAGUUAUCUCUUUCUUAGUGAAGUUCUUGUGUUCUUGGCUUUGUUUUCUUCUUUCGUGGUGGCUUCUGAUCCUGGUCCGGUCCAAGACUUCUGCGUUGCUCUCGCUAACGCUAAUGAUGGGGUUUUCGUCAAUGGUCUGUUUUGCAAAGAUCCCAACCUUGCUACAGCCAACGAUUUCUUCCUCUCGGGAUUAAACAUACCAGGGUAUACAGAUAAUCAAGUGGGGUCGAAUGUUACACAAGCUAAUGUAGCCCAAAUUCCUGGACUUAACACCCUCGGAAUUUCCAUGGCUCGUAUAGACUUUGCACCAUACGGUCUGAACGCACCACACACACAUCCAAGAGCCACAGAGAUCUUGGUAGUGAUGGAAGGUACACUGUAUGUUGGAUUUGUCACAUCAAACAUUGGCAAUGUGAACAAACUCUUUACUAAGGUCCUUAACAAAGGUGAUGUCUUUGUAUUUCCCGUUGGCCUUAUACACUUCCAAUUCAACGUGGGGAGGACAAAUGCGGUGGCAUUUGCAGCUCUUAGCAGCCAAAACCCUGGUACUAUCACAAUCGGUAAAGCUGUUUUCGGAUCAACACCCCCUAUCAAUGAUGAUGUUCUUGCCAAAGCGUUUCGAAUUGACAAUAGAUUGGUUGAUAUUAUCCAGUCACGAUUUCAGAUGCCGGGCUACUAAAAAGAUUUGAUACUUAAUAAUUCAUGAAACUCGAAGGAAACAAUAUUAAUAUAUGUACUUACUGUUGUUCACUAGAACCAUAAAUAAAAAGUAAGGAAUUGAUGAUUUUUUUUUUUGAA